AUGGUUGAUCAACAAGUUGAUCCAAUUCCAAGUGGUUCUACAUCCAUGGUUAGGAUUAAGAUUCCUAGUCCUUUCUAUCUACACCCUUCCGAGAAUGCAAGUUCAUCUCUAUUGCCUGGAGUUUUCGAUGGUACUGGUUAUAGAUCUUGGAGGAGAGCUGUUCUUAGGGCCUUGUCAGUUAAGAGCAAGACAGGUUUUAUCAAUGGGAAAGUUGUAAAACCAAAUCCAGAUAAUCCUAGCUUCCAGCAGUGGGAGAGGUGUGAUGAUAUGGUAACCUCUUGGAUUUUGAAUUCCUUGUCACCAGAUCUAAGGGAUAGUCUGCAGUACGUUAACAAUGCACAGGAAUUGUGGGAUGAAUUGGAAGAAAGGUAUGAUCAGACUAAUGGCUGUAAGCUGUACCAGCUUCAAAAGGAGAUAAAUGAUCUUGUCCAAGGCACCUUGGAUGUUACUGGAUACUACACAAAGAUGAAGAAACUUUGGGAAGAUAUGAGCAUUGUCGAUGUAAGCUCUCAAUGUAGUUGUGUUUGCACUUGUGGUGGUAAGAUAAGGUUGGUCAAAGCUGAACAAGAUAGAAGAAUCAUAUAUUUCUUGAUGGGACUGAAUGAAAUGUACACUGUCAUCAGAGGAAACAUUCUCAUGAUAAGUACCCUGCCUAGUAUGGCACAAGUUUUUGCCAUUUUGUCUCAAGAGGAAAAACAGAGGGAAGUAAGACCUCACAACCACACAGCUUUGGACUCAACUUCAUUGAAUGCUCUUGCCAGUAGUACAUGA